UCAACCCUUAAAUCCGGGAAAAAACAUAACUUCAUCGGAGAAAAAGAAAGUUUUCAUAAACACGAACAUGGAAGAAGACGCUUAUUUUCCCGACACCGACCUCGAUCUGAGCUUCACAUCCACAACCACCGACCGUACAUUCGCCUCCUUGAGCGCCCGUUCGAGCCUCACUCUCAGCUUCAACGAGAGGCUAUCCACUGCAUCCGCCCCCACCACAACCGUCACCGCCUCCGCCGUCGGCCUCAAUCACCGGAAAUGCGACCCACAUUGGACCGCCGUGAGAGCCGCCACCGUACUCUCCUCCGAUGGCCGUCUCCACCUCCGGCACCUGAAGCUUGUCAGCCAACUGGGCGCCGGAAACCUCGGACGUGUCUUCCUCUGUCACCUCCGUGACUGUCCGAACUCGACCAGCUUCGCCUUGAAAGUCAUCGACCGUGAUUCCCUUACGGCGAAGAAGCUCGGUCACGUUCAGACAGAAGCCGAGAUCCUUUCCGGCCUCGACCACCCUUUCCUCCCUACGCUCUACGCCCGCAUCGAUGCCUCUCACUACACGUGUCUCUUAAUUGACUACUGUCCCAAUGGCGAUCUCCAUUCCUUGCUCCGCAAGCAACCCGGUAACCGGUUACCGGUUCAUCCUGUUCGGUUCUUCGCCGCCGAGGUCCUCGUCGCGCUCGAGUACCUCCACGCGCUUGGAAUCGUUUACAGGGAUUUGAAACCGGAGAACGUCUUGCUCCGAGAAGACGGGCACAUCAUGUUGUCGGAUUUCGACCUGUGUUUCAAAGCCGAUGUAGUCCCCACCUUCCGAACACGACGGAUCCGGAGAACUACGUCGUGUCGGAGGAGACGAAGUGGUUGUCUAUGUUCUGGGAGAUACGUAACAGAGGAGAGGGAGGAGUUCGUAUCGGAUUUCACGGCAGAGCCGGUGACGGCGUUUUCAAGAUCCUGCGUCGGAACCCACGAGUAUCUUGCGCCGGAGCUCGUCUCCGGAAACGGCCAUGGAAGCGGGGUCGAUUGGUGGGCCUUCGGGAUCUUCCUGUACGAGCUGUUAUACGGAACGACGCCGUUCAAGGGCGGGUGCAAAGAAUACACCCUGCGCAACAUAGCAUCUCCGGCAAAGAACGUGGUUUUCCCGGCGACGGAGGAGGCGGGGAUGGAGGAGGCGAUGGACUUGAUACAGAAGUUGCUGGUGAAGGACCCGAGGGAGAGGUUAGGGUGCGCGAGGGGUGCACAGGAUAUUAAACGGCACCCGUUCUUCGAAGGGAUCAAGUGGCCAUUGAUCAGGAACUACAAGGCUCCGGAAGUUCGGGGGCUGAUGAAGAAGACGACGGCGAUGUCACAUGCGGGUCACGUGACUGCCGUGUCCCCACGGCGAAGGAAGAUUUGGUUGUGGAGCGUUAUGUCGCAUUUACUGCGCAGUAAAAAUUCUAGUAGGAGCGGUAAAAGUCACAGCACUAGUAAUUACUAUCAUCACAGUGUGAGUAAAUGCUACGCGAAUGAAAAGCGCGCGUGAGGUUCUCUCUAUCUUUUUUUUUUGGUCGGUUUAAUUUUUAUUUUGUUGGAAAAUUUCACAUAAAAUUUAGAGAUAGAGUGGAAAAGAGAGUGAAUACUUGGAUUAGUAUACAAGUUAGGCUUUUGGACACACAUAUUCCUGAUUUGCUGUAUAUGAACAUUAUACA